UUCAGCUGUUGGGGGCGCAGCGAGCGCAGUUCGCGUUGAGCCAGUGCCAGGUGCGGAUGAACCGCUUCCGCCGGACAGUUGCCAGAGCAGAGAGCCGUAGCGAGACAUCAUUAGAGAGCGAUUGCGGCCUUUGUUUGGAUUUCUAUUUUGGAAACGCUUUUGAUUAUUUGGUAAACUGCAAUCGGACAUUAAGGUAAACAGCGAAUGGAUUCGAUUUGACGCCGCGAUGAGAACUCACUUGACCGCGGCGCAGCUCGUAAUCGUUGGCUGCCUCUUGGCCAUGACUCAGGGCAUCCACGAGGAGGCGCGCCAUCCGUGCGCCUUCAUCGACACGAUCAACAUCACGGGCAGCUACAACAUGGGCAGCUCCCUCAACAACUCCUACGUCCACAACUGGACCGUGAUACCACGCGAGCUGGUCACGGCCUACGACUUCGUCAUCGAGAACGGCAUCCGCGUGCCCGCCAAGCGCCACUUGCGCGCCUGCAUCUGCAAGCUGCGUCCCUGCGUGCGCUUCUGCUGUCCGGCCGGACAGUUCUACGACCUGGCUGAACGCAGCUGCUUGGCGGCGCAGGAGCAGCUGCCUCGGCCGCCAGGCCACAGCCACAUGGCUGUCCACCUGCAGAACGGCUCGCAGCUGGACAUUGAGCUGCGCUCCCUGUUCAGCGUGUACGAGGAGACCCCCUGCGAUCAUAUGAAGGCCUACACCAAGGAUAACACAUACCUCAGCUGGACACUGCACGAGAACGGUUCGAUCAUCCAUCGGGAUCAUCUGUUCAGCAAGCAUUACUGCUUCAGCCCCCUGCUCAUAGGCAACAGCAGCUGGAGCUGGCAGCCCCUGGCCUGUGCCCCAGAGAAGCUCCACUUUGUGCUGGGCGUCAGGGAGUGGACCUAUGCUGUAUGCCUGCUGAUCUGCAUUAUAUCGAUGUUCAUAGUGCUGAUCGUUCACCUGCUCUGCUCGGAUAUGCGCAACAGCUUCUACGGCGUGGCGAUCAAGUCGUAUACGACGUGUGUUAUCUUUGGCUACGCGCUGCUGGCUCACCUGACACUCCACGAUCCCGCAAAUCUGUCAACGGCCGCCUGUCGCAUCAUACCCAGCCUCGCGCUGCUCUUCCUCGUGCUGUCCUUCUACAUACUGAGCUUUAUCGCCUUCAAGCUCUACGUCAGCUUCAAUGGAGUUGUCUUCACGAAGCCCAUGUUCUGGCUGAUCUUUGGGCCGAUCGUGCUUAUAGCCGUGGCCUGGUCGGUGUUCGUGGGCUUCAGCUACCACGGCUCGAGGCUGGUCUUUGGCGGCGACACCUGUUGGUUCGAUCCGCGCAACUGGAGCAUUAUGAUUUACUUCUUUGCGCCGGUCUUCGUUGCCUGCGCCAUCAGCUGCUUCUUCUACGUACUCACACUGAUUCGCAUCAGCGACGAGCCGGAUAUUGAUGCGGAGAAGAGCUUUGAGUCCCUGGAGAAGAAUCGCCUGAAGUCGUUCUGGAAGUUCUUCACCUACACGGCGCUCACCUGGUUCGUCUGCGUCUGCUCGUUUGCCUUCAACCACUACCGCGAGGAGCGUUCGCACUUGAACUACGCCGUUUGCCUCAGCACAGCUUUCCACGGCUUCGCGGCGCUCUACGCGCUGAUUGGCAAGAAUCAGCAAAUACAGAACUUCCUGCGGCGCAUCGAGGAGAAUAACGACGAAGACACCUGUGAGAACUCUGUGCCCAUGAGCUUAUAUUGAAUAGAAAGAAAAUUGUCUUCCCAGUUCGGCUGCCUCUUUGGCACAGUUGUGCAAGCACUGUGCGCGGCUAGUCGUGACAUGAACCG